AUGCCACUUUCACACAAGGGCCUCCGAGUCAAAGUCGUUACUGGAGGUGAAGAACUACCCGUAUAUAAACAAAGUCUCGAGGAUGAUAAAAUAGUGAUGGGAUACAUUGCUAGCGUUGUUGGGAAGUCAUUCACCGUAGUCAUAGAUCACGUUGCAGGCGAUGAUGGCUAUAGGUGUGAACUCGCAAUAGAUGGACAACACGUAGUCUCCCGACUGCUGAGUAGUCGCCGCCCCUCAACCCACGAGAGUGGCGUAAGGACAGGGCCCGCUUCAGAGAGACCGUUCAGAUUCUCGGACAUCCGUUUUCAAGGGUUGAUUGAGAUCAAGUGUUUGCUUGCCGUGGAGGUCAAGCUGAAGAAACCGCAGAAUCGCAGGUUCAAGUCGAAGUUCAUAACGGAAGACGUGCCUGAAACUAGUAAGAAAGCCGGGUGGCACCGUGUCUCUCUUGGAGACGAGACGUCGACGGAAGGGCAGCGCUGGAGCAAGAUCGUCAAAAGCAAAAUCAAGACCCUAGAUAAGAACCCACGUAUCGUGUUUCGUAUUCGAUAUCAACCAGCCGAACUACUGCGAGCGAACGGUAUUUUACCUAUGACAACGGCAACCUCGUCUGCGAACACAGCAGAAACUGUCGCAGAUCAGGGGAUGUCUUCUCAAAAUCCAACCAAUGGAAAACGCACGCGGUGUGCCGAACCUUUGGACCAAACCUCCAAGCGCCUCAAACCGUCGAGCACAAACAAUCGUGAUCCAGAGCCUGUUCCAUCCUCAAGCAUCGCUCAUACGAGACCAAAAAUAAAUCCGGACGCUGCUUUGGGCGACGUAGUGGUUAAAAAUGAGGCGAACGAAGAAUCGGGUGAGACUGAGGACUCCGACGAGGAGCUGCAGGCGUUGCAGGAAGGUUCACUUCCUCUCCCAUAA